GGAGAGCUCAGAGAUAUAGUGAGAUUGCAGGGUCCGUCCGGGGGUAGAGUGGAUAUAGUGAAUGCAGGGUCUGGGGAGACCAGAUAUAGUGACAUGCAGGGUCCUGGGAGACCAGAUAUAGUGAAUGCAGGGUCCGGGGUGGGGAGGAGUGGAUAUAGUGAAUGCAGGGUCCAGGGAGACCAGAUAUAGUGAAUGCAGGGUCCAGGGAGACCAGAUAUUGUAGUGAAUGCAGGGUCCAGGGAAGACCAGAUAUAGUGAAUGCCAAGGGUCAGGGAGACCAGAUAUAGUGAAUGCAGGGUACCGAGCGAGAGCGGAUCCAAGGACGGCUAUAGUGCUGAGGCGUUAUUUAUAGUGUGAACUGAGCCUAAAGGUUAGUAUAGGUAGCAGGG